CCAGUGGGAACUGACACAGGGAACAUCUCAGUGCGUGGAUGGUGGACAGCAGUGGGAACUGACACACAGAAACAUCUCUGUGCGUGGAUGGUGGACAGCAGUGGGAACUGACACACGGAACAUCUCUGUGCGUGGAUAGUGGACAGCAGUGGGAACUGACACACGGAACAUCUCUGUGCAGGGAUGGUGGACACCAGUGGGAACUGACACAGGGAACAUCUCUGUGCAGGGAUGGUGGACACCAGUGGGAACUGACACACAGAAACAUCUCUGUGCAGGGAUGGUGGACACCAGUGGGAACUGACACAGGGAAACAUCUCAGUGCGUGGAUGGUGGACACCAGUGGGAACUGACACAGGGAAACAUCUCAGUGCGUGGAUGGUGGACACCAGUGGGAACUGACACAGGGAAACAUCUCUGUGCAGGGAUGGUGGACACCAGUGGGAACUGCUUGCCCAGCCCCGUCCCUCCCCGGAGCCCAGCGGGGUGGGCGGGCAGGGGGCGCGGUCGGGAGGAGCCUCUGCCGCAGGUACAUAAGGGCAGGUGAGGCUGGACCCUCCGGAGCAGAGCUGAACCUCUCCUUGCAGGCUGCUCCGUGCUGCUGGACCAUGGAAUACUGCAAAUCCCUGCGCCAGCGCCUGGCUGCCCCCGUGUCCAAAUGUGUCUCAGCCAGCGCCUCCAUGACCCAGCAGCUGCUGGCGGGUCCGGCCCCACCGCCACGUCCCUUCCGUGUCUGCAGCUGGGACCGCGGCCUGCGCAAGGGCGUCACGGCCGCCAGCCUGGCCGAGCUGCUGCGCCAGGCUCAGAGCGCCCUGGCGCUGCCCGUGCCCAUUGUCCUGGUGCUGGAUGAGGAUGGCACGGCGGUGGAGACUGAGUCCUUCUUCCGCACGCUGGAGGAGGGCACGGCGCUGAUGGCCCUGAGCAAGGGGCAGAGCUGGACGGCCCCCAAGACCCGUGGCUACCAGGCCAGCCUGUCUCGCAAGCCCCCACGCAGGAUCGAUGUCGCCUGUGUCACUUUUGACCUGUACAAGACCCACCCCAAGGACCUGGGCUGCCUCAACGUCAAAGCCACCCUCUAUGGCACCUACAGCAUGUCCUACGACCUGCGCUGCCACGGCGCCCGCCGCCUGGUCAAGGAAGCCCUUCGCUGGGCGCUGUUCACCAUGCAGGCCACGGGCCACGUCCUGCUGGGCACCUCGUGCUACAUGCAGCAGCUCCUGGAUGCCACCGAGGAGGAGCAGAAGGGAGAGGAGAAGAGCCCCCUGCCCCUCCAGAGCCUCCUGCCCUGCAGCCUCCCCGCCCUGCCCUACAAGAAGAUGUCGCAGUGAGGCUGGCUGGCCUGGCCUGUCCCCUCUGCUGUCCCCCAGCCCCCCGCUAGGUCAAUGCCUGGGCAGAGGCUGCCGCGGUGCCUGGCACAGCCUCUCCUGCACUCUGCUGGCUGAGUGUGGCCAAAUCUGCUCUGGAAUAGCUGCUGCUCUGUAAAUAUAUUUAUUUAAGUAAAGUUCUCUCUAAUUCA